AUGCUUCGGUCAGCCCUGGACCCUUCACCCACUCGUCACUGUGUAGUGAUAAAUUCCUCUCAAGUUCCAGCCCCACUCUUGUGCCAGUGUCCUGUUGUUGAAUCAUUGUAUGUUCCUGUUGAUGAAUCAUUGUGUGAUCCUGUUGAUGAAUCAUUGUAUGCUCCUGUUGAUGAAUCAUUGUAUGGUCCUGUUGAUGAAUCAUUGUAUGAUCCUGUUGAUGAAUCAUUGUAUGCUCCUGUUGAUGAAUCAUUGUGUGCUGUUGAUGAAUCAUUGUAUGGUCCUGUUGACGAAUCAUUGUGUGAUCCUGUUGAUGAAUCAUUGUAUGCUGUUGAUGAAUCAUUGUAUGCUCCUAUUGAUGAAUCAUUGUAUGCUUCUGUUGAUGAAUCAUUGGAUGCUCCUAUUGAUGAAUCAUUGUAUGCUGUUGAUGAAUCAUUGUAUAGUCCUGUUGAUAAAUCAUUGUAUGCUCCUAUUGAUGAAUCAAUGUAUGCUUAUGUUGAUGAAUCAUUGGAUGGUCCUGUUGAUGAAUCAUUGUAUGCUCCUGUUGAUGAAUCAUUGUAUGCUCCUGUUGAUGAAUCAUUGUAUGUUCCUGUUGAUGAAUCAUUGUAUGCUCCUGUUGAUGAAUCAUUGUAUGUUCCUGUUGAUGAAUCAUUGUAUGCUUCUGUUGAUGAAUCAUUGGAUGGUCCUGUUGAUGAAUCAUUGUAUGCUCCUGUUGAUGAAUCAUUGUGUGCUCCUGUUGAUGAAUCAUUGUAUGCUCCUGUUGAUGAAUCAUUGUAUGCUCCUGUUGAUGAAUCAUUGUAUGCUCCUGUUGAUGAAUCAUUGUAUGGUCCUGCUGAUGAAUCAUUGUAUGGUCCUGUUGAUGAAUCAUUGUGUGCUCCUGUUGGUGAAUCAUUGUAUGGUCCUGUUGACGAAUCAUUGUGUGAUCCUGUUGAUGAAUCAUUGUAUGCUCUUGUUGAUGAAUCAUUGUGUGCUGUUGAUGAAUCAUUGUAUGGUCCUGUUGAUGAAUCAUUGUAUGUUCCUGUUGAUGAAUCAUUGUAUGGUCCUGUUGAUGAAUCAUUGUAUGGUCCUGUUGACGAAUCAUUGUGUGAUCCUGUUGAUGAAUCAUUGUAUGAUACUCUUGAUGAAUCACUGUAUGCAUCUGUUGAGUUGAUCACUGUAUGCUCCUG